CCGAUUGUUAAUGGUCUUGACAGUUGUACUAACUAUCCUUGGAGUUAUCAUCAUCUUUGUUCAUGCUGGUCGCUGGACCAAGGAAGCUGGUGCUCAUCCAAUCACUGGUAUAUUUGUACUGGUGCUUGCUGUUAUUCAACCAAUUAUGGCAGUAUUCAGACCCCACCCUGGAGAAGAAAAACGCUACAUCUUCAACUGGGCUCAUCGUGGUGUGGGGCUGUCCGCACUAAUCCUGGCUGUGGUGACUGUGUUCUUUGGUCUUCGCCUUCCUGAUUCAAGGCUAGGUGACUCCGCCCUGUACCCCAUGGUCGCCUACUGUGUGGCUUUGACUCUUGUGGUUGCUUACGACAUCUAUGAUACUUUGUCAACGCCACAGGGCGAAGUAUUUUUCAGUGUUGUUCCAUCGGGAGGGAAUGAAGGUGAUUACUUGUGGAGUUAGGAAACUGAGUUUUAAUCAGAACUGAUCAUCCAGCUGACUUGUUAAUUUAUUGGGAGAACUCUGUUAUUAAUCAGAACUGUCUGGCAAGAUCAGUCAGUGUCUAGAUUUUAUACACUAUUUUAAGGAAAUGUUUCAAAGUUAGAUGAAAGCAUACAAAAAAGGUCAUAUUCUUCUGUAAACUUACCAUUCUUUUGGCCAUUUUUGAUUGAUUCUAAUCUCCCUCACGUGACUGAAUGACUAUCGACUGUUAUCAUCACACUAAAGAUACAAAA